AUGCUCCAUCUCCACCAUCUUUCCAAUUGGGGAAAAUGGCAUCGAUGGAUCCCAGACGAACUCCCUUCCACUUCGAGAUCUGUCCUUCUUUCCUUGGCUACACCGUGCCUUCUGCACUUACAAGAUCGGGAAGCGCGACGACAAUCUUUGCGCGACAACUCGUUAGCCGAAUUUGACGGAGGCGAAGAAGAGCGAAUUGGUCGGGCGAAGCCAAGAAAAGAUGGACGAAUGGAAAUCCUGAUUCUACGAGCUCCACAACGUCUCUUCAGCUUCCAAUCGAGGAAAUUCGUCAAUUCCGACAACGAAUUUGCCGGCUGCCGGCACUGCUCAAGAAGACAAGUUUUGAGACGAGCCCAGAAGAGGAAUGAGGGACAAUGCGAAUCCUUUGUUGUUAAUCUUGAAGGUGGAGUUGGAUUAUCUUAUCAUGGGUCUGGAUUCUGGAGUGUAGAUUUGAGAAUCCAUGUUUUGACAGAGAAGAGUUGA